AUGUUUUCCAGUCGCAUCAAGGAAAGCGACCUCGAUCGAAGCCCUUUGCCCAUCCAGUCGACGGAAGUGCCCAGAAGGCCACUAUCUUGGGACCCAUGCGAGAUCGAGGAUGAAUGUGCGGUGGAAGAGCUCUUGGAUCUUCUUCAGGAUGCGAAGCUCGCGCCAUUUACAUCAUUUUGUAUCAGCGUGACGCCCUGGGAGGAGGCCAGAGAGCUCGAGGCCCUAAAGUUAGUGUUCGGCAUGCUCACGCAGCUCGGGAACCAGCCGGAGGUGCCUCCACUCCCACCUUUGCCUUCGAAGUUGGGUGUCCGCAGACCCUCGACCCUCGGAGCUAUCGGGAGCAAUAUGCCGUUGAAGAUCCCUAUGGACAUUGAAAUUCCUCCAACCGCCGACCGCAGCUUCACGUUUCCCACAGACCAAACUAUGGACCAUGUGGACAACGUGGAGCACAUGGGCCCCGCAGCCUUUGACCAGCUGGACUACAGGGACCUCCUACGUUCUCUGACCUUGGGUUCGACGGACUACGGCGAGACGGUGAGGUCCAUCUCCUUUGACAUGCCUGCCGGUAGAGGCUACGGUCAGAUACCUCCAGCUCCGCGUCUCCACCGCUUCCACGUGCGCGGCAAAGCUGAAGUCUUCGCCGAGGACGGGAGAUCAUUCACCAAGAAGCAGAAGGGCCGGUUGUCUCUGGUGUCGGAGGAUCGCGUGCACAAGAAAGGUGUGGAGAGGUACCAGGUCUCCUUUUUCUCCGGGGAACUAAGCCGGGCAGAUGGCGUUGGUAUCAUCUUCUCUUCGCACCUGCCGAAGAACUCCGACAUCCAGCAAAUCGUGUCAGUGUUUCUGAACCGCACUGGCCGCCUCUGCAGCCGCGUGAACCAGCGCGUAAUCCGCAUUGCCUCCACGCUCCCGCAAAUCGAGCUGGGGGAUGUCAUUGAGGUGGAAAAUGACAUCGACAUGCGCUGCGCCACGUUCACCAUUUGGUCCGCGUCUGGCGCUGCCCCUGCCACGACAGUGGUCAGCUAUGUGCAGGUGGCAGAACAGCUGACGGCGACGCCGGGCCAGUCUAUUCCUGGCCACCUUGCCGUAGUCGCACCUUCGCUCCGUUUGGUGAUGUUGUUUAUUGGGGCCCAAAACCACGUAUAG